AUGGCGUCUUUAUCGUGCGUUUUGUGUUUCUCGUUGUUAACGAAAGCUUGUGAUAGAAAUUUAGUCGAAAAUAAAGGGGAAUUUUCAGUUAAAAGCGAGAUUCAAGACCUUUGUUUUGUUGUUCACCUCACUUCGCAGCAUAUCUGUCGUGCGUGCUUCAGGACUCUGCAGCAAAGACGAAAUCACAAGAAUAAGGUUGACGAUUUGGAGAACAAUCUUCUGCGUAAAUACCGCGAAAAGGCUGGAGAAAGGGGACUCGCGAUUAAAACAAAAUCAACUGCGAAACGUUCGUUGUCGUUUGAUAAAAGCGACGAUCCGUCGACCCCGUUUAAUGAACGUAUCGAUUGCGAACGAGAAGUCACAGCUGAAUGUUUUAAACCAACGUCAAGUUCGACACCGUGCUCUUCACCGUGCUCAAAAGUCUCAAAACCGCCGCAACAUGACGACGAAAAUACUUCAACAGCCCAAGAUACCGUUGUUUCGGUCACCGUUCAGUGGAAAAGCAGAACAAGUUCUCGGACUUUGCCGUGUGAUCUUCAAUCGUUGGGUAAAAUGCUGUGCAGAGGAACCUACAUGCAAGUUGCCCAUGCCGCAUGGCGUUGUGAAAAGGUUAGAGAACAGAUUAUCCUCUUAUUUUUGAAGGAAAUCGAUCGAGAGUGCGCGGCUAUGUGUUCAAAGAAGAAUCCCAGCAUUUUGCGCAAAACUAGCAAAGAGGACAUUGUUAACUUUUCGUUAACAAAACUUGACAGUGAGUUAAAGGAGAGGACACCUCUGCUUAGAAGUGUUUUAAGAGCAGCUUCUAUUCGCAAGAGCAACCUGGAGAGAAGCAACCUAUAUUGGAUGCCAGCUGUGUGUAUGGCAUCGUCCAUUUGCCUGAAGAAUAGAUCACCAUACAUGACUGUGGUUCAAUUGCUGAAUUCACUUUUUAUUCAGCACUCAGGAUUAAUGGUAUGUAUAUUAUUUGUUUAUGUUAUGCAAUGCUACAUAUAAACACCCCUCCUCCAACUCUCAUGGCUUUAAUUAAAUAUUAUAUGUAGUGAAUUGGGUGAGAACUACUUUCUAUUAGCUAUGCUCAAAUGUAUUCUAUACAGGAUUGAGCAAAUUAUUUGAAAUUGCAAAUACUUGCUACCAAGCAGGAAGUCAACAUAUACAGUGAACAAUUAACUUUCUCUCAAUAGAAGUUGACUCCCAAUGGAAUCUUUGAUGUCAUAUGAAACACAAUAAUAGAAUAUUUAUAAAAUAUGGUAAAUAUGAUCAUAGCUUGUAGAAACAAUAAUAUAUAUUAUAUUAUAUUAUAGUUAUAAUUUUUUCAAUUCCAGGCUAUCUUGUGUCGAUUAAGGGUUCUACGACUUGUGGUGUCCCAUCCAUUUCUCUAUAAGAAGUUAGACCAAUUUGGUCAUGACCACAAUGCAAAGAUCGCGAAGAAGGUCAGAAAUGAAAGUGCAAGAUUGCUAUCAAUUUGGAGCGAUGAUGCAAGUAAUGAGGAUGAGGUUGUCAGUCAUGAAGCAGACCAAGGACGAAAGAUUGUUUUUGAUAACUUUGAUUUCAAUCAGAAAGUUCAUCAUAUGUCAGAAUCCCACCAAAACAUUGAUAAUCAUUGGGUAGCACAUAUGUGCACUGAGAACAGGGUUUCAGGAAAUCACCUCAGCAUGGAGGAAAGAUCUAAGAAGACUAUUUUGGACAUGGAUAAUGGCAAAUGCAUUCCAGACAGUACAGAACACAUUGCCCAGAGAGAAAACUAUGCCAGUUUAGUGUCUCGUAUUGUGGUAGACAACAUCAAUUGCCUUGAGUUCCUCAAAGAGCAUGCUGUUCGUCACAUUAAGCAUAGAUAUUCAAGAGAAAUGGCCAAGCCAACUGAAACUGUAAGUUACAAAUUAACUUAUCUUGGCUUUCAGAGUAUGCAUUCAGUUGUGAAUAAUGUGCGGUGUUGCUCAUGCAGUGGUAUGCAUUCACACAUAUUGCAGCAUGCAAUAUCUAAUGUACACAUUGAAUGCAUGCAAAUUCAGUCACUCACACACCUUGGAUUAUGUGAUGCAUAUCUUUACACUGCAUUCAUCUCGGAGUAUGUGUAUGCAAAGAGAGCAGAAAUAUGCUACAAGCUGCAUGCAUGCAAAUUAUGGUAUUAUAUUACAAAUUGUUAUGUACAAUAUAUUUUAAAUAUUUUAUAUUUUUUUCAGAUGUUUCUAGGCAUGCUUUUUGAAAAUGAGAAUACAAAUGAAGGGAUGCAAUCUGUUUUGAAUGAAAUACACUCAUAUGUACCUCAUGCUGAAGUGGAGAAACAUAUAAAGGUUAAUGUUGAUAAACAAGGUGCAAUUGUUCCUGAAAUUGUCAUAGUAAAGGAAAAGAGGUUUUCUGGACAAGGCGUAGUUGGUGAUCAAUUAUCGGUGGAGAGGGGUGUCAAUUCUCUGAUGCAAAUUGCAAAUGGUCUCACUCCAGAUGACAGAAAAGAAGGCUUGCACUUUGAGGUUGCAGAUUUUCAUUCUCAGAUGAAAUUUUUACAGGUAAAAAAAUGUUGUUAUCACCCACAUUUCAACUCUAUAGUAUAAGGAAAUAUUUCAGACGUGAUCUAUGCACUCAAAUCCCAACUCUAAUCCAUACAUGAUAUACUAAUACUGACUAUAAAAUCAUGAAAAUGAUCUCUAAAUGUUAGAGAUCUCUCCACCCCACAACCCUGAUAUGUAUACUUAUUUAGCAAAACUUUACAAGUCUUCUUUGAACUUUUUGGGAGUGCACAGAUCAUGUCUAAAAUACUUUACUGCAGAAUUGUUAUUAUUUUGCAAAUUUGUUUUCACAUUUACACUUUUUACAGGUUGCCUUUGACCACUUUUACAACCCCAGUGCACCCUCAGAUAAGUGUACAUUGUAUGCUGACAGAAACCACAUCAAUCGUAGAAAUGUUUCCACUGAAGUUGAUAAAAACUUUUCUGCAUGCAAGCAAUUUUUCAAAAUGGAAAUCGAAGCAAGAGUAAUUGCUGCUGCACUUGAUUUCAUGAAGAUUACCUCCUUAGAUGACACUCCCCCCGAAGACAUUUUGCCACCAUCCUUAGUUCAUGCAACAGCCAAGGCACAACAGAAGUUCCUCAAAGAUCUGGCAUUUAAGGUUGUGGACACCUAUAUUGUUAAUGAGACAAACAUAAAUAGCCUAAUGGAAAAGCUGCAGAAAGAGCGAAGAGUUGAUAGUAGUGUGCUGGAAAAUGGUCGUUUUGGAUGUAGGUUUCCUGGGUGCACAAAGUCUUUUGCCUUUGAUGGAAAAAGACGUAUCACACAUGAGAAAACCCAUGGGUUGCACUCACAACACACAGCUUCACUUAUCCCAUCUCCUGUUGCUAAGGUAAAGGAUGAUGUUCGCAAUUACCAGCUUGCCUUGCUUGAGUAUGGUAUGCUGUUCCUAAAUUUUUCAGAUGCCAUUUCAGAAGCAGAUGGGCAACGUAUACUGAGGUGCUGGAAAUUCUUUUUGAUGUUUUUAAAAGUUGAUGGAGCACACAGCCGUAAGUACGCUUUGGAAGGGCUGCAUCUCAUUUCUCAAGUUUACGCUAUUUUAUCACCAAGGGAUGCACAUAGGCUUAUUUGGAAUAGGUCUGUUAAAGCAAAGUAUGGCAUGGGUGGGAACAUACCUCUUGACCUGGCAUUAGAACAUUAUAACAGAGUACUAAAAGAGGUAAUCAAGAAAAUGGGUCCUAAUGCAUCUAAUAAAACUGCAAUUACCCGAUUUUGCAAGAGCAUAUCUAUUAACAAACAGCUUAUGGACAAUUUUGAUCUGGAUUGCAAGGUUCUUAAGCAAUCAGGUUUGCAUAUUCAGAAGAAAUGUGUUGGUGAUUUACAUAAUAUUGUUAAGGAAUUGGUUGUCAAUAAUGCUUUUAAAUGCUCUCCAGGGAGAUCAUAUAAAUAUUUUGUUGACUGUUCACCAAGUAUUUUAAGCAGUUUUGACCUCCAUGGAAUGUUCAAAUGGAUCGAGGAACACAAAAGAAACAUUUACUUGAACAAAACUGCUAGAUAA